ACCUUUGCUCUUUCUUGCAUCUAAAAAAUCCAGGAUAGAAAGAUAAUUUCAUUAUUCCAAAGUAAUGUUUGCUUGGAAAGAGAAGUGCUACUAACAGGAUUAAAUCAGAAAAGUCAAAGUAUGAUAGCAAACAAGUUUGUAACGUGCAAAAUUUUAUUUGACUUAUAGCAAUCAAACAUUUUGUCUGAUACUCAUCGAGUAACAAAACAAUUCUAGACAAAAAAACAACAAAAAAUAUAUUUACGCAAGUUUGCCAAACACACAAUUUUGGCAGAGUGAUUUUAAAUGGAUUCAAUAUAAGGAUAUAUUUUCUGAUAGAAUUAACUCCUGUUUAGUGAUACGACUAUAAACUGAUUGUGGUGGUGGUGAUGGUGGUAGUUUUCACUCCGGAUCACAGCAGUAAGCCACAUUGAAAUUACCAGAGCACAGUUCAGCCACUGCAUCGUUCCUGUGCAAGCUAUCAAGCAGUUUAACAGUACACGUUUGGUGCAAUUACACAAGGAACUAUUAACUUCUGUAUAUGCCAGAGCAGAAGUAAAGUGCGAAUGACCGUAGGAAGGAUUUCGUGAUCAAUCACAACGAAAAUGACCAGCAUUGUCGGGGAAUCGAACCCAGAUCGUCCGAUUCAGAGUCCAACUAUCUGACUAUUGAGCUAACCGGACAGUGCAGUCAAUUGUGCGGCAUUUUUGUGGUUUUAUAAGACUGGCUAUUUCUGUCCCUUCUUGGACAAACAUGGAGAACGCUCCUUCUUCUAACUUAACCGAUGAUGGUGAUGACUAUACAACAUAUAUUGAAUAUAAAGCGGGAAAAAUUAUCUGGCAAACUGGGCCACCAAUUCUAAUAAUAUUAGGCACAGUUGGGAAUUGUUUAUCUAUAAUUGUCUUAACUCGACGGUCCAUUCGAUCUUCUACUACAGCUUUGUAUUUAAUUGUAUUAGCAUUGUCCGACCUUUUCGUAUUGUACACCGGGCUUUUAAGACAAUGGUUGAUACACUUGUUUGAAAUUGACGUAAGAAAAAUCGGAGAGUUUGGUUGUAAAUUAAACAUAUGGCUAGUGUAUAGCUCUUUGGAUUUUUCAGCAUGGAUAUUGAUCGCUGUAACACUGGAAAGAGUUAUUUCAGCCUGGCUGCCACACAAAGCUCGAACGCUCUGUACAAAAAAGUAUGCUAUAUCACUACUUAUAGCUAUUGCAGUUUUUAUCCUUCUCCUCAAUGCCCACCUUCUUUAUGGAAUGGUAUUCAUUUACCGUUUGAACGAGAAUGGUGUUACAGAUGUGGAGAAAUGUGUUGAAAUCAACGCAGACUAUCGCACGUUUUUCAACGUAUCAUGGCCUUGGAUAGAUUUUUGUGCCUUUUGUUUUAUACCAUUCACAGUCAUUGUCAUCGGAAAUGCUUUGAUAUUAUUUAAAGUUAUAAAAAGUCAGAGAAAAGUACAAUUACGUGUUGUGCCUUCAGUUCAAAGCAGCGGAAACAGACCAGUGAUACCAUCAAAGCAUACAGGCAAACAAUCUUCUAUGACCGCUAUGCUGUUUACUCUAAAUGUUGUGUUUCUUGUUAGUACUUCCUCGAUCAGUAUAUAUAAUAUUGGAUAUCCUUACUGGUCUGAAAAUGCAAGUGAACACAAAUUUGCUCAGCUAGAUCUUUGGUGGGCAAUCGUUAAUUUGCUUAUGUAUAUGAAUAAUUCGCUUAACUUUUUCUUGUACUGUCUUAGUGGUACAAAAUUCCGAUUAGAAGUUGUCAGGAUAUUUUGCUCUUGGAGACGAGGGAACAAUAAUGGCAACUUGCAAAGGGCAGCUCAAUCUAGCUAUACGCGUACAAAAUUUGAUUCUCCGACCGCUACACCAUCACCAAGAAAUUCAGCUAUUUUCACAGUCAAUUCUUCUUUGAAUAACUCUGGUCAGCAGAUUAAGUUCAAUAUUGAAACACCUAAAAUGAUAAAUAAAAGUGGACUGAAGACAUUUAAAAAUUCAAAUAACAGCCUUCAUCCAAAUGACGCUUUAAAGAUAAAAAGUGUCAAGUCAUCAAGUAAAGUAAGUUUGGAUACAAAUGAAACAAGUUCAAAUAACACAAAUAGAAAAGUACCUCAGCUAGUAGAUGGUCUGAAAUGUAAAAAGGCUUUUAGAAGUUGUGGAGAAUUAAAUCUAGACAAAGCCGAAAAUAAAAAGAAAUUGAAGCUAAUUGAUGCUAAUACCGAUGUAAAUAAUGAUUCAGACAUCCAAUCUGUUCGCUGCAACACCAGAAGUGUAUCUUUGGGUAAUAUUCCUACUCACAAAGAAACGUUUUAUAAUGACUUGGUUGAUACUGUAGUUGAUUUGACAAUUGAAAAUAAAUCCGAAAAAUCAGGGACAGAGCCGCAACAGGAUUCAACUGUGUGAAACAUUUUAUAAAGUAAAUUAUGGAUGGGAGAUUUGACUCCACUGUAUGAAACAACAUAUACAGUAGGUUAUAGAAGGAGAUUUACAGUAAUGUACAAUUACACAUAUCUAAAAUGUUGAUUGAAU